AUGGCGGCUGAAAACGGUCUGGAUUUCUCAGAAUUCAUCGUCGAGAAGGGACAAGAAGCAAACGAAGACGAGAAAAGUGAAGAAACCACUGAGAUUUCUCUGUCACCAGACCUUGAAGCAGAAGAAGCUAGGAAAAAUGAGCUUCGUUUGCAAGCUAAGAAGGUAAGUUUGAAAUGAAAAUGGGAAUUUUCUAGACAUGGUGUAAGGAUACUUCAGGUGACACGUCACAUGAGCAAAGUGUUUGCUCACUUGAUGUAGUUCCUGUGACUUAUUAUCUCUAUUACAGAUCAAAUGAUGAUAAUUUUUUGGAUUACUGCGUUGACAAAAGUUAAAAACAUGACGCGAGCGUUCGUAUGAAACUGUUCUUAACGAUCGGACAAUCGAAAUAAAACUUUGUACUUUUGAGCUUAUUAUGCUCAUUGAAUCAGAAUUCCGUGACGUUUUUAUCUUUUUAGGUCAAUUAAUCGGAAUAGUAAAAAAAAAUUAUUUCCCUACUCAUUUGUGCGGUUAUUAUAUCAGUGUUAUCAGCUGAAAAUUUCAAACACCUCCAUCACGACAUCAUAUCCAUGAUAUUGUUGAAGUAUUUUUUUGAUAACAUUCCUUUUCAUGUUCUGUGGACUUUGGCUUUCUUAAACCUUUUGGCACUAGCUCUCCAUUGGUCUGGUAGAUGCCAAAGGUUACAUUUCAUCUCACUGGUUCAAAGUCAUGUGGUAGAAAUGUAAGUUUUUCCUUCCCUGAGGCCCAAAAGACAUUUUUGAUGAUUUCUAAAAGGAAGAGAAAAACUAAGGAAUUAGGACUGGAGCACAUCAUUUUUGCAAAGAAUAACAAUACAUACAGCUGAACCUCCAUUAGCGGCCUCCCUAAUUUUUAGCAGAAACAUCACUUUAUUUUGAAACAAACACAUGAUGGGAGCAGCAUUACUGGACCAAAACUGGUCCUCACCUUCUAUCUCGGACUGUAUUUCCUUCAUCAUAUUAUUGAAAUAAAGCCAAACUAAGCACGGUGGGAAAAAUUGCUAAAAAUUGGCCACAAAUUUGUUAGCCUGGGAACAGCAGACGUUUCUUCUCGCUGAUCACCGCUGAGGGACAUUUCGUGAUUAGGAACGUCUGCGACUCAGCGGCGGAAAUUCCAUACUGAUGACAUAAGUAAAUGUAUACAUAAUAAAUCCGGUAGUCAUGGGGUUCCAAAUGCAAAUUUGUUCAAUUUUACAUUUCUCCUGGUCAAUUUUGGUAAAGUGUUGAAUUCAUCUGUGAAUAAGCUCAAAUGUUUCUUCUAGAGAAGACUAUAUUCCACAAAUGUUGACUAUUUUGUUAGAGAUUCAUCGUGUUUACGUUUGACCUUUGUGACCUUUUGUCUUUUGUUUAUCAUUCGUAAACAAUAGCUAAAACAAUGAAACUACUCCUUCAACCAAUUAGCGCUUCUGACGCUAUUCUGGACAGAUUUUACGUCAUCAGUAUGGAAUUUCUGUCGCUGAGUCGCAGACGUUCCUCCUCUCGAAACCUACUUCAGUGACGAUGAGCAAGGAGAAACAUCUGCCAUUUACAGGCUACAAAUUUGUGCAAACUAUUUUUUUAAAGUAUGCAUGGAAUGUUACCAAUAUCUCUCAAACUAUAGAAGAUAAUAAGCAGUUCUCCUGGACUCAAAGAAGCAAAACUCAUUACCUAUAUACCUCUGCAAUGCCUUUAUACCAACACCUCUCCUGUAAUACUAUUUUUACCCUUCUAUGGUGCCAAUGUACUCAGCUUUGGUAAAUGUAUUAAGGAGGUUUUUUACUGUCAGUAACAUUUCUAUUUUUCGUGACAUUUUUAAUCGCAGUACACACACUCUUUUCCAUACUUUUUGUUGUGAUAAUUAUCAUGCAAGAGCAUCAGAGUUUUUCCUGCUAUUUUUGUUCUUCAGAUUGAGGAAGAAAUUGUUACAUUGAAACAAGCUCUCGAGCGAAAGGAGAAACAGUUAGCAGAAAUCAAACGGCUGUUGGGUAUAACAGCAUGGUCACAGCUAAAGGAUGGAUUUCACCAGCAGUAUCAAAAUCUACAAGGAACUCAGAUGUAUGUUUUCUCAUUUUUGUAGCUGUACAUGAAACCUUAUGGUGUAAUCAUUGGCGUUAUAUUUAACGUCUUUGACAGCACAGUACUUCUGUACUGUAGUCGCAGCCUUUGCGCGCUGUAGUCAUCCAACAAACAAAACUUUAUUUCAAGACUUCCACAAUUGGUGAAAGGAAACAAGUGAACAGAAGCAAGAGAAUGCAAAUCUAUGCAAAACAAAGUGAAGUGGUACUGAAAAACAACAAUUAAACAAAUACAAGCAGGCUUGGAUCCACACAAGUUUCCACCGAAGUCAGUCAGAUUUUUAAAAAAUGAAAUAAUAUGUUUUACUAAGAAUAAAACUUUCCAAGGUGAAAUCGUGCCAAUAUCCUUUCUGAAUGACUCAGAAACCCAGGACUUUAGGGAGUUAAAAUCCAAAAAAUUUCCAAAGGGGGAGCAUGCCGCGGACCCCCCUAGAAGCUUGCGCCUUUGCACUCGUUUGGGAAAUCGGUCAGUAUUUAUCCUAGAUCCGUGCCUGACAAGGUCAAGAUAAAAUAACUCACAAAACUAAAUGAAAAGCAAUAGAGCAAACUGGAAAAGUGAUUGAAACAAACGAGAUACUUGUAAGGUGAUGGGUAAAUAAGACACACUAGGAUGAGCAAAGACCAUAAGUGAAACGACUUAAACUGGACCAGUGAAGUACAACCAAGAAUUUACUCGAAAAUAACAAUCAAAGCUAAAUAAUUAUACUAUGUGCAAGAAAUGCUUGACACGAAGAACAAAGACUGAUGCGCAAACAAUAAACGACAAAUGAACCAAAAAACUGCACCAAAGGUGGGAACAGGAAAAGAACUAAAAACGUGGCAAACAUACAAACACUACAGGUCGCGAGAUUCCUUGUGCUCUCAUCUACAGUCCUUUUCUUUUAGUCAUUUUGAAAAAAUAGAAUUUGUAUUAUUUUUUCGCAUUUUUUUAACUUUAAACUCUGAUCCUUACAAUGGUAAAGGGUUACUAGAAAGCGAAAGCCCUUAUGGUAUACAGCAAUCUAAUUCAAUGUUGUGCUUACCAAGUUAAGAGCUUUUUUCUCUUUCUUGUUACUUCACAGGUAUCAAAAAACUUCUGACACAUUUAAAGAUUUGAAUGACAAAAUUGUCCACUCACAAGCGUAAGUUCUGUAGUUCAGGACCUGAACAAUCGAUGAAAAUCGAUGAUCGGAAAAUCAAUCGAUCAAUCAAUGACAAUCAAUUAAUUACUGUUGAUUAGCAUCGAUUGGCAUUGGCCAAUCGAUGAUCAAUCGAUAAUCACACUUAGGUGGUCGCGAACUUCAUCGAUUGCCAUUGAUUGGCACUAAAUUCAUGUCUCCGUAUUCAGAUUCAACUGACCUGGGACGCAGAAAUGUCAUGUAUAACAGAAAAUGUGUGCUUUAAAUUGAACAUAUUUUAUUAAAACUUAGCUAAACUGUUGGCUCCAAACGUUACAUCACGCUGUUACAUUGAAGCAUAACUGUGGCGUUUGUUUUUCUUACACACAAAUCCGUAGUACGUUUCUAUAAAUUUUAAACUCGCGUGAAACGUGUGGGUGAAUAAACAAGUUUACGCAUUGCUACUCGCUAGUUUUUACUCAAAUAAAAAGCAAUGAUAUCAGAAUGUGUAACUUUAUUAGUACUCGAUGAAAAUGGCAUUUGAAUGUUUGACUGAAUAGGUAAUCGAUUGAUAUUCCAUAUUGAUAACAAUCUAUUAUGUUAAUUGAUCGAUUCCCAUCAAUUAUUGAUUGAUAUUGAUAAUCGAUGAUAAUCAAUAAUCACAAAAAUUUUCGUGAUCACAGGGUUCUCAAUAGAAGGCGGCACCUGGCGAUUGAUCGCCGCUUACUUUGGGAUUUAUAGCCGCUUACUUUGUGUUUAAGUCGCUUUUCUUUGCUUUGUUUUGACACCUCUGGCUUUGCUGAAGAGCCUCCUACUUUAUCAGUGAUCACCUCCUACUUAAAAAUCUAUUGAGAACCCUGGAUCAAUUGUCCAUCAAUUAUCAAUAUUAAUCGAUUAAUUAUCAAUAUUCAAUCAAUUAAUUGAUAUCGAUUGUCAUCAAUUGCUAUCGAUUAUCGAUUUCAUCGAUUGUUCAGGUCCUGGUAGUUCUAGUUUCAAGUUCAAGCUCUGGUGUAGGUGUAAAUGUUAUACCAGUAAAAUAGGUGUAUAGUUUGAGCAUAAAUAAGGGGUGCUUACUCUUUGACAGAAAAUUUCAGAAAUUCCGGAUGGAAGGUAAAUGGUAAGGUCACUUUUUGGAAAUUCCAACCGAAAAUUGAGGAGUACAUUUUGAGGUAGUCCUUUCAUUCCGGUUGGUACAAACCAAAUGGAAUGUUUUUUACCAUUAACCAAUUUCUUGGUUCCUUCCCGGUUCCAGACUCAUGCUACACAAAUUCGCCUUUUUUUACUCAAACCGUAACAGAUGUGGCAUUUCUACGGUAAACUGGCAAAUCGCUUACCAUUAUGCUUUCGACACCCCAACCGGUUUUUUCUGUCAAAUGGUAAGCACCCUAUCAGGGCAUCUAUCAGGGCUAUCUUACUUUCAGAGAUUCUUAUGUUCAGGAGUUCUUGCAAGGGGCUCUUACAUCCAGUGUUCUUACAGCCAUGGGUUCUUAUCUCCUGGGCCGGGUUGUUCAAAACAGGGUUAAGUUAACCCAGGGUUAGUGCAAAAUUUGAUUUCAGAUAGGAAAGCUUAAAAAGCAAAUUCAGUUUUAUACCUUUUCCCUACAAUUUUAUGAUUAGAUGCUCUAAAAAGAAGAGAGAAAGUUAUCCAGGAAAAUGCUUUUGAACAAAAGAAAAGAACCCAGGUUAAAAUUUAUCGCUGGGUUGGCAUUAAUUGGCCUUUGAACAACUGGGCCCUGGGGUCUUACCUCUAGGGGUUCUUAUAUUCAGGGGUCUUACAGCCAGGAGGUCUUACAUCCAGGGGUCUUACAGCCAGGAGGUCUUACAUCCAGGGGUCUUACAGCCAGGAGGUCUUACAGCCAGGGGUCUUACAGCCAGGAGGUCUUACAUCCAGGGGUCUUACAGCCAGGGGUCUUACAGCCAGGAGGUGUUACAUGUAGGGGUUCCUACAUGCAGGGGUUUUUUUGUUUUGUUUUUUAAGAUGGCUGCAUUCACAGGCUAAUCAGUAUUAAUACCAGUAAUUGUAAUAGGUGAAUAUUUGUCAACUACCCAUGUAUAAGUUUGGUGUGUCUAAUCCUUAGUGAUUUUGGUCCAUUUGCAUUUUCAGGUACAACAAACUCAGCACUGGAGCUUCUGCAACAAAGACAAUGUUAAGUGAUGCAGGAUCAAGGACAGCAACUGCUGCAAAAAAUGUUGGAUCAGCUACAGCCAAGAAACUUGGAGAAAUCAGGUAUGAAAACUGCUGAAUCGUCUGCUGUUUGUGUUGUGCAGUGAGAAGGUUCUGGUCUUUAUUUCUGUGUUUUUUUUUUCUGGUUUGUUCCAUGAAGGGGUUCAUCAAUGUUUCAAUCUUUGGAGACUAGGGUGGUUUCAGCUUCUUCAAGUAUAAAGGUGAGAAGUAGUUUCUUUUGCAGGUGAAAAUAACAUAAAUUGCUAUGCAAGUUCUUGUACAUCAGGGUUGUCAAAAGUAGCCGGCUGCCGGCGAAAAUUGCCACCUACUUGGUUAGUAUCGACCGGUUACUCUGCUUCACAUUUCUUUGUGGAUAGCUGUCUCUCCUCACUCCUUGCUGCUUGGAAUGUUUCGCAGGAAAAAUGAAACUUCCCUAGCGGUGAGGAGCAAGGAGAGGUGCCUGAAUUUGCAGGUUACAGAGGCGCUGUCAGUAAACACCAUUAGUUAGGGCAAGGAAAUUUCAUUGUGUUAACUUGGUGGUCAAAUUACUAAACAAGGUGGUGUUACAUUGUAUUUCUAAUGACAGGUAAAAUUGAAUCUUGUGUGAUCUAUCAGUAUGCUGGAAAUCACAUAAAGCACUUUAAUGACUUUGUAUAGUUCAGCAUUACUGUUUGUCAGCUUGAAUGUAGCCUGCAUCAAUAUAGUCUAACCUCAGUUAGUAACGUCUGCAAUUCAUUGCCAAGAUACCAGCCCUGGGCCCUCAACUGACUCAUUGAAUUGCCAGGAAUGCGUUUUGAAUUUCCCCUCAACCUAAUCGGCAAAUUGACAAUGGCUUUAUUAACAGGCCAAUUAUGGUGCAUACUCAAUUCCUGGUACACAGUUGAGGGCCCAGAAAAGGAAUUUUGGCGCUGUUUCACAGACAGACUUAGCCAGAAGUUUAGUUCCAUCUGUGGUGUCUUGAGUGGUACUGCCCCCAUCAAGUAUUUUACUUGUCAUACUAACGAGGUUAAAUUGCAAAAAAGAUAACUGGGGACAGUCUUCAAAUGUUACUAAGUCACUGGUUAAAAGAGGAUGGCUGUAUUAUAAAGGUUGUAGAAGUAGCGGGUAAAAGUAAGUGACCAUCUUAGCAGGGUGUGGCUGUAUAUAAGGAUUAUAAUAUUCUGUGACAGAAGACAGCUUUUUCCAUUGCAACCAGACAGAGAAAAGGCACAAGCAGAAGAGGAUUGUUAUUAUUUUAACCCGCUUAAGUCCCUAGUGUGGCCAACAUCUAGCAUUGUCAUUGUUCUUCUUAUCAGGCAGUAACUGGUAAAAUUUACUGCCUGAAGCAACACUUCUUACCGCCUGCAACAGCCUAAAGGUUUACCAAAAUUAAAGAACUACUUUAAGAAAUACACAAGUUGUGAUCCGAUCUGAUACUCGCAUUCCACAAGGAAAUGAAUGGAUAUAUGGAAAAGUACUAAAGUAUACACAGCUUUUCUUUUUAUGGCCCAUGCAUUUUGGAAAGAGAACAUUGAAGACAGAGUAAAAUUAUUGGUAUCAAUCAUUAAAUUGCUUUGUAAAGGGUACAACAACCGAUUUGCAUAAAAUAGGUCUCAAAAUGAGGGAAUGACGUUUCAGAGAACUUGGCUCUUAAAUUUCCAACAAGGGUAGGGCCAUGUCCCACACUCCACUACCCCCUGCCCCCAGGAAAGUGUACCUCUGGUGCGUAUUUUUUUGCCCUAGCAGCUAUGAAUUGACUGCUGAACUAAAAUUUGGGGAGAACACUGCAAUGUUAACACAUAGUGAACAGAAAAGGUUAUGAGAACUAAUCAAGUGAUGACCUGAGUGAAAAUGCUUUGGUCUUUAAACAAAUUCUCUCAACUAGUUCUUUAAGGAAAUGUAUGGAAAUUGGUGCGGAGAAUUUGUAUGUGGAUACUGGGGCUUAAAGGGUUACCUGUAAGAUGUGUCAUUGUCAGGUGGAGACUGUCAACUUUGCUGCAUAAAGAGGAAAUUAAUAAUACAAAUGAUUUAGUCACCUUUCUAAGCUUGAGCCAUUUCUGGUUAACGUGCUAUAAUGCAGUGUAGUAAAAAUGUAAAAAAAGGUGCCUAAGCAGCUUAGCCUAUGAAACAGCCUUUUCACAACUGAAUGUUGAUUUGUAUAUGGUUUUAACAAUUGAAUAUAAGAUUUAUGAUGUUGCAAACUCUUAAUAUGUUGCCAUUGCCUUGAUUACUAUUUUCCGUUAAGUGACCAAUUUUUUUUUAGUGAGGUUGUCAAAGUUCUGCAUAUCUUUUAAAAGGAGUGGCUAGGAAGAACGUCAAAAUACUUCUGAUAAACGGCAUGUUUCUCCUUCCAAACUGCUUUACAUUUACUUGUGAAACAAAGAGAGAAUUUAACAUUUAAUCAAGAGUUAAUGGCAUGAGGGCCCUAAUUCACAUAGCCGUUAGUGUGGUCCUUACUAAUUCAACUUUAAAAGACUCUAUAAAAUCCGUACUUAUCACAGAACUUCAAAACUGCUUCAGCAAAAGGUUCAUUUCAUUCUCUUUUAAACGCGAUAUGCAUAAUACAACUCAGUAUAAAAUUUAUAUUCUUUUAAAACCUCAUGUUAAGAUAGUAUUAAGAGGCAAGAGAAAAUUCAUUAGUUCCUAAGUUUAAACUGCCAUUAAAACCUUACUCAUCAUCUAACAGCCAAUAUUCUAAUAUUGCUCUCUCACUGUAGUUUAAGAUGCUUGGAAGCUCAAACAAGGAAAACUAG